GCAUAUUUUUCAUACAUGUAUCCCCAGAUUUCCAUCAGCGGACCCAACAACUACACCCACACUUGGCUGUCCGCCGGAUAUAACGGAGAGACGUCCGCCACGCUGUCCGGCCUGGGGCUGGAGUCACACCAGACGUACUCAGUCUUCUGUCGGGCCGUCAACAUGGGCGGACUGGUCAGCAACGCGAUCUGGACUAACGUUACCAUAGAGACGGAGCAGCCGAUGAUCAACGGUUUUUCAGUUGUCAGCCAAUGGCAGCCUCCAGACAUCCUGCAUCUUGAUUGGACGGGAAACUUCUUCAGCCAAUCAGCGCUCGUUUACGAGGUUUCCUUGGGAACCGUCAGAGGAGGAAGUGACGUCAUGCAGUGGAUGGAAACCACGGAAACGACCAUGACUGUAACGGGGGUGGACCACAGCAGGGCACAUUACGUCAUCAUCACUGCUGUCAACAGAGCUGGGCUCUACGUGUCGCAAGUGCACAGACUGGCAGUUUGAAGUUAUAGAA